AUGCUACAUUAUGCGUUGGCCCUCUGCCUGCUUCUCAUUACAGUCUCCUCCAAUCUAGCUAUUGCCAUCAGAAAAGGAAAGAGGCCACCCCAGACACUCUCAAGAGGAUGGGGCGAUGACAUCACUUGGGUACAAACUUACGAAGAAGGUCUCUUUCAUGCUCAUAAAAGUAACAAGCCAUUGAUGGUUAUUCAUCACUUGGAAGACUGUCAGUACUGCCAAGCACUAAAGAAAGUGUUUGCCCAAAAUGAAGAAAUUCAGAACAUGGCUCAAAAUAACUUCAUCAUGCUGAAUCUCAUGCAUGAGACCACCGAUAAGAACUUGUCACCUGACGGCCAGUACGUGCCUCGAAUCAUGUUUGUGGAUCCUUCACUGACAGUGAGAGCUGACCUCACGGGAAGGUACUCUAACAGACUGUAUACCUAUGAACCUCAAGAUGUGCCCAUAUUGAUAGAAAACAUGAAGAAAGCGCUAAGACUUAUUCAGUCUGAGUUAUGAGAGCUGACGGAAAGACGGCUUCCCUUCUGAAACGCCGAAUGUCACGAGGAAACCCCUGG